AUGGCUGAGAGUUUCCUACCCCGAGAUUCGAGGAAGGGGAAGGCUCUCAUCAUACCGGAAAUGUUCCCAGAAGAUCCGGAUGAGAAAGUACCCUUCUCCGCUAGGAUUUUGAACGAAAAAUUACCUAAGGGCUACAGGGCCCCAUCGAUCGGGGAAUAUGAUGGAAGCAAAGACCUGGAGGAUCAUCUACGUAAGUUUAGGAAUGCAGCUUUGUUGCACCAAUAUAGUGAUGCUGUCAAGUGUCGAGUUUUCUUAAAUACUCUAUCUGGUUCGGCACUACAGUGGUUUGAUGAGCUAUCACAAGGAUCCAUCACAUGCUUCUUGGAUUUCAAGAUGGCAUUCCUUCGUCAUUUCGCUAGCAGCAAAAAAUAUCAAAAGACAGAUUAUUACCUUUUCGCUCUUAAGCAAGGGUCGACCGAACCUUUAAGAAGUUACAUCAAUCGCUUCAACCAAGUGGCUCAAGACGUCCCCACAGCCACUUCAGAGAUUCUGAUGAGUGCUUUCUGCCAUGGAUUAGGAGAGGGAGAAUUCUUUAGAGAUCUCAUCAAGAAUCCUGCUCGGAAUUUUGAUGAGAUGGUGAAAAAAUCACUUGCUAUAUCAAGGUGGAAGAAGUGCAGGCGGCCCGAAGGAAAGCUGAGAGACCACCUCCAUCUGUCAAUAAGCCGGAAAGAAGGAUACCCCAGCCACCCCCUCAACCUCUUCCACGCGCUAGAGAAGGCAGGCCUACCUUCUAGCACGGUCCGGAGGUUAGACCGGCCCCCUGAGUCGCAGCUGUGCACGCUCCCCGAUCUGGACCGUGGAACACUCGUGAGCUGCCGAGUUAGGUUUACCCCCGCCCGAGUUAGCCCCUCAAGUGCUCAAGAUGAUAUAAGAGCAGCGAGCCACGGCUGGACAGGCCGGGCAACCCCGCCCCGACCUAGCCGGACCCAGUACUCAUCAACCCGAUCGGGAGAGCCAGAGGUAGUACGGGAGGCCGAGAAUAGAGGCAACGCCGCCAUUCGAGAGAUUGGUAUGAUCUCUGGAGGGUCAACCGAUGGAGAUUUGGGGAGAGCGCGCAAGUCUCAUGUGCGUCGCUUGGAGGUCCACACUGUUGGAUACAGCCAGGAGCAAGCUUCUAACCCUGUCAUCAGCUUUGGGCCGGCAGACCUGGAAGGUCUGGAGCUGCCUCAUGACGACGCCCUUAUCAUCAAGGCCAUUAUUGCCAACAGCCGAGUGGCCCGGGUUUUCAUUGACACCGGAAGCUCGGUUAAUAUUUUGUUCAGAACUGCAUUUGAGGAGAUGCAGAUCGAUGCCACUGAACUCUAG